UCGACCGAGCAAUGGGUUGCACACACUCGGUCUAUUCUCCAGGAUUAUGCCAACAGGCAAAUUGCUCUGCCGCUUGGUCGGAGGGUUAAUAUAUCGCUUAAUGAGCCCUCUCAAUUCAUACAGGGGGCCAUGGAGUUGCUUGCCAAUCGCGAUCACCCCCAAGAUCCCCCUAUUGAACCAUCUCGUCAACUUGGUCCCCAGCUGCUCGACAAUUUCACGGAUGUGCACAGGUGGGCUACGGAAUACUUUCGUGCGCGUUUUGGCAUGUCAACUGCGGGAAGCGAUAUACCUGUGCUUUUGACGAUCAUUACGAACACUUUCUAUGAAGCCCACACCCAGCUUAUGGAUAGUAUAGCAAGUGCGGCAAUUGAUAACAUGCGCGAUCGUGGAGCUGCCAACCUUGAUAUUGAGGAUUUUGCUUUUGGAUAUGACUUCAAAAUGAGCCACGACUUGCCUUUUGCUGCGGAGUCCUGCUUUCGUAUUCACGAUACCCUUGAGCGACACCGGCGUGAGUUUUCUCUGAGAUAA